UUCUACCGAAUGUUUGUGAAAACUGAGUGUGGUGAGCAAGUAGGGAGAGAUCUGUUCAUAGACGGACUCCGCAGCCGAACAAUAAGGGCGAAGCUGCAAAAGCAUUUUUCCGCCAUCGAUCAUACGCUACAGCAGAUCAUGACCGCUGCAGAAGAAAUAGAACGGAAGUUCGCGGCGAACUUCCUUGAAGGAGAAGACUAUUCUAGGGAAGGAGAUUCGUCCGAACUCGCAAGGGCAAAAGCCGAACUGGCUGCGCUGCAAAACAAGUUCAAAAACAUGGGGUUUGUGUCAGUGCGAGUCAUGUGGACGCGGCACGAGGAUCACCGCCAGUGGGCCGAGUACCUCGAACUGCUUAUCAUCCAGGCGUGGCGAACGGAAGUGGAGGGCGAUCUGCUCGGAUUCCUCUUUGGAUCGGUGCGGCCCGAUCACCACCAACCGAUCGUGCACGAGUUAAUGGUCCCCCUUGCGCAGCUGGCCGACGAUCUCCCACUCGAGAUCGUCUCGCAGAGCGAUGACAGCCCGGUCCCGCACAUCCUUCCACGGACCCUGACGCCAUAUCUUCAAUGGUCGGCGUGCUUGGAGGAACCUGGAAGUGGCCGUAACCCACCGUCACAACGCAAUUAUCUGGACCCGCACGAGAUAGUCGACCUCGCCUUCUUCCAAGAUCGGACGGCCUCCGAGAAUGAGGAGGUAGAGAUUGAAGCAGAAGAAGAAAUCUCAGAAGAAGAGGAAGAGGUCGAAGAAGAGGCCGACGAGGAAGAAACUCUUGAGGAAGGAAGUUACAAUGAGCACAACGAAGGGGAGCAAAGUGAAGCGGACGAGGAAGAAGAGCAAGACGGCGAAGAAGAAGAAGACCAGGAGGAGUUAGAAGAGUCGGAGUACGAAGGAUUCGAGGAGGAAGUGCGUGACGAGGCUUGGGCGCAGGCCCAGGCGCAGAAGAGGGAAGAAAUCGCAGUCGGGAAAAGACAUUUGGAAUUCGCCAGCGCCACCGGCCAGCCGCUCGCCGACGAUCCGGCCCAGGAUCCAGAGCUGCCUAAGCCCGAGGAUGGAGAGACAGCUGGCGAGACUUCGGCCACACCAGCGAGACGGCAACGAAGCCGAUCCCCCUCCCCCUCCGCCUUCAACCGCCCACCAACUCGUCCACGUACCGAUGCGGGGCAUCGGGCUUCGUCCCCGGUCCUUAUCCCGCUGUCCCCUUGAUCACCUCUCCUUACGCCAGAUCACCACCCACGUCACCUUCCCCGCCUUCCCCAUCGAUACCUUCCGCUUCU